AUGGAUAGAGAACCAGAUAGAGAACAAGAUUUAGAACAAGUUACAGAACAAGAAAUAGAAAAAAAUACAGAACAGGAUAUAGAAAUGGAUAGAGAACAAGGUACAGAACAAGAAACAGAACAAGAAACAGAAAAAGAUACAGAACAGGAUAUAGAAAUGGAUAGAGAACCAGAGAGAGAACAAGUUACAGAACAAGAAACAGAACAGGAUAUAGAAAUGGAUAGAGAACCAGAUAGAGAACAAGAUGUAGAACAAGUUGCAGAAAAAGAUACAGAACAGGAUAUAGAAAUGGAUAGAGAACCAGAUAGAGAACAAGAUGUAGAACAAGUUACAGAACAAGAAACAGAAAAGGUACAGAACAAGAUACAGAAAAAAAUACAGAACCAAAUACAGAGCCUUCGAAAAAAAUUGGACGUAAACGCAAGGCAAACCCUAAGAACUGGAUAUCUGUAA